AUGGGGAGCAUACUGACCUGUUGUGUGUGCCCCAAGGUCAGGCCCGAGUUGGAACAGCAUGAGGGGUCAGGGUGUCCUUCUCAAUCUGAGGUCUGUGAGGCAUCAGCUGAGGACACAAUAGCAGCAGCGCCCACAGCUGCUGCUGAAGAGCCUGCUGAAUUGAUUGUUGAAGCUGGUGAGGGCCUUCAUGUGCACCACAUCCAUGACCGGGAGAUGCCUGAAGAUAUUUCUUCGGAGUCCAACCCUUCCCACAAUCCAGAGAUAAGCACAAUAUUCAUGACAAAAUCUCAAACGGAUGUAGAAGAAAUACGAAAAAGCAACUAUACAAACCAUGUAAGUAAACAGUCAAAAGAAUCUACUCGGCAAUAUAGUUCCUGUUCAGCCAUUUUCCUCGAUGACAGCACAGCCAGUCAGCCUCAUCUUACAAUGAUACUAAAGUCUGUGUCCUUAGCGAUAUAUUAUCAUAUCAAGCGAAGAGUUGGAGAUAGAUCUUUGGGCAUAUUUGAUGAAGAGUUACAUCCAUUUACACAAGAAGAGCUUCUGGAGGAAUACUUGCUGUAUGAUCCUGAACACAAAGUGAUUUUCAAAUUUGUUAAUACUCUGUUUAAAGCUGCAAGGCUAACAGCUGAAUUUGCAAUCGUGAGUCUG